AUGGGAACCAACACAAGCAUUGAAGAGAAGAAGGAGGCAUUAAUUCUUCGUCAUCCACAACAGGGCGAAGCCACUGAUCUCUAUUGGGCUUGCCGAGCUGGUGACAUCGAUACCGUUCGACAAAUUAUCGCAUCAACUACUUACAUUGAUAUCAAUCGUCUCCAGCCAAACGGAAGCACCGCUCUACACGCAGCCUCCUUUUUCGGCCAUGCUGACAUUGUUCGAUUACUUCUGCAUCAAUUCGGCGUUAUACAUCAUCGACGAAAUCGAUACGGUCUCACUGCAUAUGAAGAGGCAGCUACUGACGAAAUUCAUCAACUAUUCUAUCGUUCAUCGAAUUCACAACGAUUCUAUAGCAACGCUACUACUGAUGUUGAGCAUCUGUUUACUUCGAUCGUUACUGAACAAGCAGGUGACGAAGACGACAACGAUGAGGCGCCCAACGACUAG